ACAAGCCAAAUUUAGAAGUUUUUUGCUGAAUUAAUUUAAUCAAAUGGAAAAAAAACAGAAAAAAGUAUCUGUGAUAUCACGUCUCACGUUGGUAUUAGAAACACCACAUAAACGUAAUCAAUAUUUGGCUGGUUUAUUUGCGACCACAGUGAUGUUUAUAGCUGGAAAUUUUGUGGGUUGGGCUUCACCUGUUCAAAUUAAAUUAAAAGAUGAUGAAACACCAUUUAAAUGCACUGACGCCGGCUGGGGAUGGGUUGUAUCCUUUUAUGCAUUAGGUACUGCACCAUGGUGUAUAGUUGCGGGAACUUUUGCUGAUAUGAUAGGGCGGCGCCCAACAUUAUUAUUAGCUGGACCUAUCUUUUUAUUGGCUUGGAUAAUAACAUAUUUUUCAUACAACUGUUAUACUUUACUUGCUGCCAGAUUGAUUGCCGGUGGUGGUGGUGCCAUAGCAUCAGCGGUUUGCGCGUUAUAUAUUGGAGAAAUUUGUGAGCCAGCUAUCCGGGGGCGUGUUGGAGCUUUAUUAAUGAUAAUGCAUCAUUGUGGCGUGCUAUUUUCCUUGUGUAUUGGUCCAUACGUACCUUACAAAACUUUCGUAUUGAUUUUAUCUACAAUUCCGUUUAUAUUUUUUUGCACAUUUUAUUGGAUGCCUGAAACACCAUUUUACAGAUUAAGGCAAGGUAACAGAGAUGAAGCUAUGAAAUGUUUAUUAAAAUUUCGUGGUUUAACUGAUGCUAAACAACUAGAGAAUGAAAUGGAUACAAUGAAACGAGGUGUUGAUGCCGAAAUGGAAAAUAAAACAUCAGUCAUCGAAUUAUUCAAACAACCAAUAACUCGAAAAGCUAUGAUUUUACUCUUAGGUGUCAAAACAAUGCAACAUUUCAGUGGAAUUGGCCCAAUUCAAGGAUAUAUGCAAAACAUUUUUGAAGAAACUGAUUCUUUUAUACCUGCCUCGCUUGCAGCAAUUGUUUGUGGGAUUGUUCAAUUACUUUCGGGAUGUUUUUCAUCUUACUUUGUGGAUCGUUUUGGUCGUAAGCCAUUAUUAAUUAGCUCUUGUUCUGGAACAGCAGUAGCAUUAUUUUCUGUGGGAUUAUAUUUUUUCUUAAAAGAUUACAUUGAAUGUGAUGUAACUUCUAUCAGUUGGUUACCAUUGGUAUCAAUAAUGUUUUUCAUGAUUGCACAGCCGAGUGGUGUUGGAACAUUAUCGUAUAUUUUCCUAAGUGAAAUAUUUCCCACAAACUUAAGAGGUACUGCUGCUCUAGUGGGUACAAUGUAUGGUUCACUUACAGGAUUUGCUGUAAUAAAAUUAUUUUCUGUUAUUUCUGAGGCUCUAGAUAUGUUUGUAACAUUUUGGCUGUGUGCUAUAAUAAUGAUUGGUAGCAUAAUUUUUACCAUAUUUUGUGUUUUCGAAACAAAAGGCAAAUCUCUGUUACAAAUUCAGAAUGAGUUAAGCAGUAAGCACAAGAAGUUUAUGGUUGAAGUUAUGGCAUAAGUUUCUAAAUUGCAUAAUACUGUUGCUGUUUCAACUCACAUUUAUGUAAUCGACUUUCCUUACUAUAAUAUACUAGUAACUACUCAUUCGAAACCAAUUUUGAUCUGUGAUUUUUCUUUCAA